GCUUCUCUGCUCUCUUGCAAAACCCAAUCUUAAGUUUUACCUGAAUAUAUAUAUAUCUAGAUUCAACCAAAUUUGUGAAACAAAUGUCUUCUGAGUUUUGUCUCAAGUAAGUGUUAUAGACCAACCACACAAACAUGAUUGAGUGGUACAGGUGGUUUGAAAAGGUACUAAACACUUUGAAUUCGAAACUUAUCAUCUUAGAUAUAUCCGUUUGUCUGGCCAGAAAACAUAAAUCUCUAAUUCAUCACGAAUAAUCAAAUCUGUUUGUUGAUGGUAGUGAACAAUUCCCCCCAAAAAUUAGUUGGUUAGGAUUCCCCAACCAAAUACCCCGAGUUAUCAAAAAAUGUAUAGACCUAUUCUCAUGUUUCAUCUAGUGCUGUAAAGCGAAUUAAUUCCGUAAUGCCAACUCCACUACAUAUUGAAGGAUUUUUCAUUCAAAAAUCUGACUUAAUAAUUUACAAAAAUUUUAUAUUUAUAUAUUUUUAACACUGUGUAUCGUUGAGCCACAAGGACACAAAGUUUCAAAAUAUUACAAAAAACAAAGAGCAUAAGGUCAUACCAUUAGAUGUGUCAUAAUAUAUAACGGAUAUAAAAUGCCAAAGAGGUUAUCCAAAUAAAAAAAAUAACAAACGCAAUAUACUUACAACAAAGACAAUAGUUUGAUUUUCUUUUAAUCAUUCGGACCUAAAAACUCGAGCCCACGAAUCCGGUAAAAACCGCUAAUGCGGAUGGUCUAAUGCUUCCGCAUAAAUCAAGGAUUGUAAUUUUACACCAUCUGUGAUAGAAACUCGUUGUGAGAACACUAGACAACUUAUGAAAUUGAUGCUUUCUCAUUUGUCAUGAGCUCGAACUCUCCAAACUUUUUGGUUCUUUUUUUUAUCUACACUAUCUACUUAAAAAAAGAAUUUAGUUCUUAGAGAUCUGUCUCCAAAAGACCAAUCCAACCAAUUAUGACCGUCGCAACAAAGAAGAUCGAUCAGUAAAGCGGGACUACUGAAAAGCCUAAUUCCAAUAAAUAGCAAAGACCUUACUCCAAGAAAAACCAGAAAUAGAUAAUAAUACCCUCGCUUCAGAAGGAGCCAGCAACUCCCAAAAGUUACUAUACCACAUAAAACGAAGAAAAUCUAAACCGGAUCAACUUCUUUGCACCAGGCUUGAAGUUCUCAAAUAUACCUCAAAAUAUCCAAAAUAUACCUAAUUUACACAAAAUAUUUCAAGUGCUUCGGGUACUAAUCAACCCUCGGAUAGGAUCCGAACUCGAACAGGGGGAUCCACAGGUCUAGAAAAAUAUGUAUUUUACCAUGGAUCGAAACCCAAAUAGCACCUAUAUUUCGGUUUGGUUUUCCGAGUCUGGUAAAUAUUUAAGCCUAAAAGAGAGUUAUAUAAAAUCUUGUAUACAAAAUCUUAAAUAAACCAAUUGGUAAAUUGUAUAAUUUUAAGCAAUUUUUUCUUUAAUAUAAUAUGACUUUUUAACAUGAUAUUACAAAACAAUUUAAAAUACUAAUUUAGAAAUUUUGUUUAAAAUCCAAAGAAAAAUCCACGCUUUUUAUGCGCGGAUUAAAAUCUAGUUAUAACUUAUAUUUUUUUUACCUUGCCGGAUCCAUUGCUAAUAUUGAUUAAGUAAAAUAUUAUAUAAAUAACAUUUUUAAUAAAGUUAUAUAAAUAUUUAAAAUUUUAUAUUUUAUUUUAUUAAGAAGACUUUUUUAAUUUGCUAUCGGCGAAUAUCCGAAACCAAAUUAAGUCAAACCAAAAUCUAGAAAACAAACCAGUUUGAAUUAGUCACCGGUCUGAUAUUUACUCUAUUAUAUACUUUUUUGUAGUUUGAAAUUAGUUUGGGGUCUUCUUCCUCUUCCUGGUUCAUUUUCUCGGAUCAGAAAGUCUCUCAGAAAGGAAGAAAGUUCUUGUAUUAUGAUGAUGAUGGAGGCCAAGUUAUGGAACGACAAGAGAGAAAGAGAGAUGUACGACAACUUCGCAGAGCUCUUUGCAAUCAUCAAAGCAACAGAGAAGCUCGAGAGAGCUUACAUCAGAGACUUAAUCUCUCCUUCAGAGUACGAAUCCGAAUGCAACAAACUCAUCCUCCACUUCAAGACGCUCUCCGCUUCCCUCAGAGACACGGUCCCAAGCAUCCAACGAUUCGCAGACACAUACAAAAUGGACUGUCCAUCCGCUCUCUACCGCCUCGUGACAUCCGGUGUUCCCGCCACCGUGGAACACCGAGCCACCGUGGCGGCAUCCACCUCCAAUUCUGCCUCCAUUGUCGCUGAGUGUGUGCAGAACUUCAUCACGGCGAUGGAUUCUUUGAAACUAAACAUGGUUGCUGUCGACCAGGUCUAUCCUCUCUUGUCUGAUCUAUCUGCUUCUCUCAACAAACUGAGUAUUCUGCCGCCGGAUUUCGAAGGGAAGACGAAGAUGAAAGAAUGGCUUUCGAGGUUGGCGAAGAUGGGUGCAGCUGAUGAGCUUACGGAACAGCAGUCGAGGCAACUUCACUUUGAUCUUGAGUCUUCUUACAACUCUUUCAUGGCAGCUUUGCCUAAAGGUGGUAGCUGAAAAACCAAUGUAGGUUUUGGAGUCGAAUGUGCUUGUGUAUAAAGUAUUGUACGAUGUGUUGGUUAUAUGAGAGUUUAUUAAUAAUACCAAUUACAAGUACAAUGAA